AGAAACUCCCGUCAGCCGUCGUCAGCUCGUGGACGACGUCAGCCACUGUCAGUCGCCGUCAACCACGCCGUCAGGAUGAACAAAUACUUCCCAGGAAUCGGCCGCGUGGAGUACCGGCCAGACGCCGGCCCGGAGGACACCCUCGUCUUCCGGCAUUACAACGCCGGCGAGACCGUCCAUGGCCGGACCAUGGAGGAGUGGCUACGCUUCUCCGUCUGCUACUUCAACACCUUCAGGUACCUGGGUGCUGACGACUACUACGGGGACCGAGCCCACCAGAGGUCGUGGGAGGACGCCUCACAGUCCCUCGACAACUAUAAGCGUCGCAUGAUGGCCGCCUUUGAGUUCUUCCAUAAGCUUUGCGUCAAGUACUACUCGGUGAGUGACCGCGACAUGGCCCCAGAAGGAGAGAACUUCGAGGAGACCAACAACUACCUGGAGGAGAUGGUGACGUUGGCGGCUGACCUGCAAAGGCAGACGGGGCUGAAACCCCUCUACUACAGUGCUGACCUCUUCUCCCACCCUCGCUAUGCUAACGGUGCCGGGGCCAACCCUGACGCCCACGUCUUCGCCUAUGCUUGUGCGCAGGUCAAGCGCAGUAUGGAGGCGGCCAAGCGCCUAGGCGCCGAGAACUUCGUCUUCUUCAACCCUCGCGAUGGCUACCAAAGCGUAUUGCAGCGACAGUUCUUGCGCGACCAAUCACACAUGGCGCAGCUGUACCGCAUGGCCUCGCAGUACAAGGAUAAGAUUGGCUUCAAGGGCCAGCUGCUGAUCCAGCCCAAGCCUGCUGACCCUCGCCGUCACCAGUACGAGAGUGACGCCAUGGCCACCAUGCAAAUGUUGAACCACUUUGGUUUGGACAAGCAAUACAAACUAUACAUCAAGCCAGCCUUCUCCCGCCUCAUGGGUCGCCCCUACGAGCACGACGUGUACAUGGCAGCCGCGUACAACAUGCUGGGUAGUGUGGACGCUUCUGACAGCUUCCCAGAGUUCCAAGGAACGUCUGACCUCUGCGCCAAGAACAUGCGCGACGCCACCUAUGUCAUGAAGUGCGUUCUUGAGCAGGGAGGUCUCCAGCAAGGAGGGUUCACACUGGGUGGCCGAGUCCGUCGUGAGUCCGUGGAGCCUCGCGACUUGUUCCACGGUCACGUCCUGGCCAUGGACACCUUCGCCCGCGCCCUCAGGAAUGCUGCCCGCAUGAUCACCGACGGCAGCUUCGCCCGCAGUAUGCAGCAGCGCUAUAACUCUUACAAAUCCGGAUUCGGUGAGCAUGUGGAGAAGAACACCAUCACCAUGGAGGAGUGUGAGGACUACGUGCGGAAAAAUGGCGAACCGCAGCAUCGGUCCUCCCGCUACGAACACUUCCAGAAUAUGUUCAGCUACUAUGUCUACCCUCCGCGCCAGUAGACGCUUCAAUCUACUACAAUUACCUACUCCGUCUCUUUUAUACCCCCUUCUUCUAUAUUCAUUGGUUCUACCAUCUAAUAACUGAAUUUUCACGAAGACCCAGCGGCUUGUAUUGUAAAAUUUCGUUGUUGAUUCCUCGCUUAUACAGGUAUCUGCAAGUGAGUGAAAUGUAUGAACGUGUCUUUUUUGUUCAGAGAAUAUUAAGACGUCUGGUUCUCGACAAGUUGGUUGUUCGUAGUGCUCGUACCUCCGGGUUCAAUAGUUCAAGGAAUAUGAGCUCGUUAUCCCUCAAGUGGGGCCACAGGUGUAAGGCCAUCAUUGUCUUUGUGUCUGCGUACCACGUUUUAUAUCUUGAUCUUCGGAUUCUUAAUAUUAUUAAUUAUAUUUUUGUGGUGUUUAUUCCGCUACUGACUGGCAAUCUGGUGUUAAUUCACUUAACCAGCAGCUGUGUUGGUCCCAAGACGUAUGAGUUGGAUACAUCUUUCUUUUUCUUUUUUUCUUUUUAGAAGUUGUCGAUCAAAAACCUUAUAUAAAUGUUUUUUUUAACCAUUAUUUAUUACAACAAGUGUCUCUUGUAUCCUCUAUAUCAGCCCAAUACCAUUAACAACUAACUGAUUGAUUGUCUUGCUUUUUACCUGUCUGGGGGGUCGGCCAUAAUGGUUGUCCCUUCCUAGCCAACAGGAAUAGAAUUACAAAGGCAUGCAAUUAUGUUUCUCAUUCUGGAUCCAAACAUACCGAAGAUCGAGGGGAAAUCGCGUGAUUUUAACCUAAUUGGAUAAAAUCACGGCCCAGUCUUGAUGUAAAAACAAAGUAAGAAACGCUGGUGUGUGUAAAGAUAACUUAAUGAUGUAAAAUAUAAUUAAAACGUAGGAAUAUAAAUCUGUUGUCGAAACAUUUAUGAACUGGUGGAUACAAUCGACGUCGUCUGGUACACAGGAACAUAGACAACCCAUGAACGUUGGUUUUGGACAGUACGAGACGUUGUGAAGUUGUCUCAGCCCUCAGGAGCCACAGCUACGAUCACAGCUUGGGAAAGUUUGUGUUUCAUAAGUAAAUAAACAUCACAAGUAACCAAAUUAUAACCAAUUGUAUUUUGUCAAUAAAUAUCGGGAAAUAAAA